AUACCAAUAUAUAGUACUUAGGGCAGAUGGAGUGUAAAAAUUGUGGAGAAAAAGUAUUAUAGAAAGUAUAGAAGAGGAGUGAAGACCUUGGAAGUGGAAAAAUUAUCCAAUUCACAAGAAACUGGAAAAAAAAAACCUAGUCUUGUGUUAGUAUUCAUUAUUGCUAAGUGGUUUACAAAUAACACAUUUGUUGACUUCUUGGUGGAGAUUUGUUUCUCUUUUAUAAUCUUUACCGUCAACUUUUAAAACAGAUUUUUAGAUUUUCUUAAAUUUUGGUGGAGAAUCGGAGUUUAAUGUAAAUCCUGGGGCAGAAUGCCUUUAAUCGGCCAUCUUUCUGCUGUAUUCUUGAGGAAGGCAAUAGCACGUGUACAACGCAAGGUGGCGCUGCAGGCUAAAAAGAGGAAAGGGAAGAGACGGGAAGGGGGGAACCGCACAAAGAAUAGUCUAGGUUUCCGACAAAGCCAUAGGAAAUGAUAUAACGGCAGCAAGCGCUGGGAGACGGUGCCUCUCUCCUUUCACAGGAAUUGCUAGUGUCCAGAUCAUUCCUAGGGAUUCCAAGCUGCUUGAAUUCCAGGGAGCUGCUUGAGGCUAAGCAGAAGGAUUUUUGUUUUUAUUUUGAACAUCUGAGAAAGAAUGGAGGCCAGAUUGGAACGAGCUGUGCAGAAAAGGCAAGUACUGUUUCUUUGUGUAUUUCUGGGUGCGUCCUGGGCUGGCGCCGAACAGCUUCAGUAUUUUGUGGCGGAGGAAACGGAGAGAGGGACGCCCCUGGCCAAUCUAGCUAAGGAUUUGGGGUUGGGGUUGGGGGAACUGUCAGCUCGAGGGGCUAGAAUUGUUUCAGACCGGAACACGGGGUUUUUACUGCUCAGUUCGCUUACGGGGGACUUAAUUCUAAAUGAAAAGCUGGACCGAGAGGAACUGUGCGGCCCCACGGAGCCCUGUGUGAUGACUUUCCAGUUGCUGUUGGAGAAUCCAUUUCAGAUUCAUCGGGCUGCGCUGCAUGUCAGAGAUAUAAAUGAUAAUUCCCCAGUAUUUCUAGACAAGGAAAUUCCCUUGAAAAUAUCAGAAAGCACAACUCCGGGGCGACGUUUCUUGGAGAGGGCGCAGGAUUCCGAUGUGGGGACGAACGGCCUGAGUAACUACACCAUCAGUCCCAACGCGUAUUUCCACAUUGACGUGCAUGGUGGAGGGGAGGGCACUGUCUUUCCCGAACUGGUACUGGAUCAAACGCUGGACCGAGAAGAAACAGCAGAGGUCACUUUAACGCUCACAGCCUUAGAUGGCGGAUCUCCGCCCAGAUCCGGGACAGCGCUGGUUCGAAUCCUGGUGUUAGACAUAAAUGACAAUUCGCCCGAGUUCGUGCAGUCCCUCUACAGAGUACAGCUACCUGAAAACACCCCGGUUGGCGCCUUGGUUGUUGCUGUGUCCGCCAGGGAUUUAGACACGGGAAGUUACGGACAGAUAGCUUACGCGUUUUUCUAUGCCACUGAAAGAAUUCUCCAAACGUUUCAAAUCAAUUCUACAACCGGCCAUCUUUAUCUUAAAGCUGAGCUCGACUACGAAGCAAUUCAGACUUACUCGAUAACUAUACAGGCCAAAGAUAGCGGGGGACUUUCUGGAAAGUGCACUGUGGUUGUGGAGGUACUGGAUGUAAAUGAUAACCCACCUGAACUUCUCAUGUCUUCGCUUACUAGCCCAAUUGCUGAAAACUCACCAGAGACGGUCGUUGCUGUUUUUAGAAUUAGAGACAGAGAUUCAGGAAACAAUGGGAAAACCAUGUGCUCCAUUCCACAUGAUCUCCCUUUUGUCCUGAAGCCAUCUGUGGAAAAUUUCUAUACUUUAGUAACAGAGAUGCCUUUAGAUAGAGAAUCGCACUCUGAGUACAACAUCACCAUCACAGUCACCGACCUGGGCACACCCAGGCUCACAACACAGCACACCAUAACAGUGCAGGUCUCUGAUGUCAAUGACAACGCCCCCGCCUUCACACAAACCUCCUACACCCUGUUUGUCCAGGAGAACAACAGCCCUGCCCUGCACAUAGGCACCAUCAGUGCCACAGACUCAGACUCAGGCUCCAAUGCCCACAUCACCUACUCUCUGCUGCCCACCCACGACCCGCAGCUGGCCCUCGCCUCUCUAAUCUCCAUCAAUGCUGACAGCGGGCAGCUGUUCGCGCUCAGGGCGCUGGACUACGAGGACCUGCAAACCUUCGAGUUCCAAGUGGGUGCCACAGACCAAGGCUCUCCUGCGCUCAGCAGCCAGGCGCUGGUGCGAGUGCUGGUGCUGGACGCCAACGACAAUGCGCCUUUCGUGCUCUACCCGCUGCAGAACGCCUCUGCACCCUGCACAGAGCUGCUGCCCAGGGCGGCAGAGCCAGGCUACCUGGUCACCAAGGUGGUGGCAGUGGACCGCGACUCUGGACAGAACGCCUGGCUGUCAUUCCAGCUGCUCAAGGCCACGGACCCUGUGUUCAGCGUGUGGGCACACAAUGGCGAGGUGCGCACCUCCAGGCUGCUGAGUGAGCGCGAUGCUCCCAAGCACAGGCUGCUGCUGCUGGUCAAGGACAAUGGAGAUCCUCCAAGGUCUGCCAGUGUCACUCUGCAUGUGCUGCUGGUGGAUGGCUUCUCUCAGCCCUACCUGCCUCUGCCAGAGGUGGCGCGCGACCCCGCCCAAGAUGAGGACGUGCUCACUCUGUACCUGGUCAUUGCCUUGGCUUCUGUGUCUUCCAUCUUCCUGUUGUCUGUGCUGCUGUUUGUGGGGGUGAGGCUGUGCAGGAGGGCCAGGGCGGCCUCUCUGGGUGACUGCUCUGUGCCUGAGGCUCACUUUCCUGGCCACCUGGUGGAUGUCAGCGGCGCCGGAACCCUGUCCCAGGGCUACCAGUAUGAGGUGUGCCUGACUGGAGAGUCAGGGAUAACCAGCGAAUUUAAGUUCCUAAAACCAAUUGUUCCCAACUUUCUAACCGAAAGCAUGGGGAGAGAAGUAGAAUAAAAACUAAAGAUUUCUACCUCUGGAUGCAGCCCUAGUUUAAAACAUGCCCUUGUUGAGUGUAGGAGAAUGAUUUUAUGCUAACAUCUCAAGGUUAAUUAAAUUAGUUCAGAAAAGACUUCCUUUAGUUAUUCCCAAGAACUUUCUCUAAAGCAUGAAAUGCAUGGGUUGUAGGCUAUCUCAAAUUUAAUUUGAUCCCUCUUUGUUUUUAAGCUUUUGUUGAAAUGCAAUCUAUUAAAUGACAAAUCUUGCUAAGGAUGGUUUCAAUUGUUUUUCCAUCAUGUAAUUUCUUCACUGAUACUUAUGUCCUGAGUUGAUUGGAAUCACAUGUAGAAAUCCCUACCUUAUGUUUGGGGAGGUUAUACCACACAGACUUUUUAAAAGUUUCUUUAGUAAUUACUGUGCAUAGUACAUAAUUUCAUCACUUUUUGGAGACAUGGUCUCCCUGUGUUCAGGAUGGCCUUGAACUCUUGAUCCUCCUGCCCAAAGUGCUGGACUUACAGGCAUCAGCCUAUUUCACUACUUUAUUUCAGAAGAAACCAGUGAGUAGCCAUAUUUCAAUAACAAGCAAGUAGACAUUCACAGAGACUUGGUUAAGUUCCACAAUUAUUAACUAGCAAAGCAGAGUACCUCCUAAUAUUUUCUGUUUUGUUUUUCUUAUUUGACAUGUGAAAGAGUCCUCAUUCUGUUCAUCUCCAGGCAGGUGACCUUGCAACAAUAUUAUGCUGUUUUCUAUCAUUAGAUAUAACUGUCAUACAUUGCUCACUGGUCUCUCUUGUGUUCAGAAAUAGCAAUGCUCCCCUUGGCCUGUAGUCCCAUUUUCUUAUAAACUGACAAUCCCUCUUUGGGGGUUUAUAACCCAACUAUUAUUAAAGCUGUGACUUAACUAAAUCUCAGUUCUAAAAAAUGUUUGGUUCUGGGCAUGGUAGAACAUGUCUUUAAUUCCAGCAGUUAGGAGGCACAUACAGGGGGAUCUCUAUGAGUUUGAGGCCAGCCUAUUAUACAAUGAAAGUUCCAUGACAGUCAAGGCUGCAUAGAGAGACCCCUGUCUCAGAAG